AUGAAUGGACUUUCCUUACAGUCUACCACUACUCCUAAGAAAACAAAUAAAGUUCUGAGCUUAGCAUUUAUAAGAGUCUUGGAGGGACAUUCGAGGCUGACAAGACCUGCGUGGUGGAGUCUGGCCGGGCAAGUGGGUAGUCAAAUCGGCAUUUGGGAUCGUGAAGCAUGGUGGUCUGGGGUUGAGAAGCAUGGUGGUGUGACCCCCAUAAAUCUCGGCAAAUCUCGGCCACCGCUCUGA